UCUGGGGAAGUUCACUCCGCUCGCGCUGUUCUGUGUGAUCAUGGCUGCACUGGACCACACCAGCCAUGUUUGCUAAUUUAAAACCCAGAGGUUGUGGGGAUAGUUGUUUAUUAUUUAUCGCCGUGGCGUCUUCACCCGCACUUCUGUAAAGACGAAAGGUUUUCCUGGAAGCGUCUGCGCCCCGGACAGCACCCGGAGUGAAAGAUGGAGUCAAAUAAUCAUUUCAACUAUGGCACCCACUCCUCAGCAAACUCAGGACUGAAACGCUCCUCAGGGGAUUCUCUUUAUACUAACGGGUCCUCCAUGAGUUUUCCUCAGCAGGGAAAGAAUAUGAAUGGUGAGAUUAAUGUGAAUGGCACCACUACUGUACUCGGGUCUGGUGUGCCUAGUUCCCACCCACCAUCAGCUCCUUACCCACACAUGAGCAACCACCACCAGAGCAGCAUGGCCUAUGACUACCUGUGGGGGGGGCACCCACAGUAUGGUCCAGCCAUGGGCUCAUCUCCAGGGCAGGGGAUGCAUCAGAAGCAGCCUGCACCUGGGAUGCCACAGCCUCAGUCACAGCACCACUUCCAGGGUCAUGGACAGUACCAACUGAAUGGGGGUAUUGAAAGCUCCCACCAGCCCCCUGUGGCAGGCCCACCAAACAUGCCUCUAACUGGGAGUCAGUACUGGAACAGGAGUAACCCUGGCCCACAGCAGAUAGGUUAUAAUUCUCACAGUAUGUAUGGGACCUACCAGAGUCAGGCCCAUCUCGGGAUUACACCGUCACAGCAUCACCAGCAGCAGUCCUUACAGCCCCCCCAACAUCAACCAUCACAGCAGCAGCUCCACUCUCACCGCCACCAGCAGCACCAGCAACCGCAGCAUUAUGGCAUGAUGCCCAAUGGGAUGCCCUACUACCAGCAUCAGCCCCAGCACCAGACCCUACCAUCUCCUCAGCAGCAGCCGCCGCUGCAGUCGCAGCCUCAAGGCCCGAGUCAGCUGAAGCCCCCAGCAGCCCAGAACUUUACACCUCCACGCGGCAGCCCACAGCACCACAAUUUAGGCAGAGCAGGCACUGGCAGCCCUCUCCCUGUGGGAAUGACCUCUGCAACAAUGAUAUCACCAUCAACAGUGCAGGACAGUGGAUCACCCAAGAGCCACAACAGGGAUAGCAGCAUGUCUUCUGUCAUGCAAGGGCAUACAAGGGAAGCCGUCGAGGAGGUAGACACGAGCUACAAUGGCAGUGAAAGAGCACCUGUUGCUCAUAGGCUUCCCAAAGCUGACAGUUACCAAUCCAAACCCUCUGCCGCUCUUGUGGGACCUGCAAGUGAUUAUCGACCAAACUCCGAGAUGGCUUCUCCUGUCCGAGACGCACCCUCUAAUCCACCUCCCCAGUGUGUGUUGUCUCGGCUUUCCACAUCUCCAUCCCCUGCAGCUAUGUCACCAUCACUAACAAAGUCCUCUUCAGCUCCUCCUGUCUAUGGAUCUCCAAAAUCUUCUCCUGGGCCCCAGAAUGUUUCAUCACUUGAUGAAUCUACUCCACCACAAAUCUCAGCAUCUCACACUGUGUCCUCCGUGCAAGGCAUCAGACCCCUCCCUUCUGGUCAGACUGAAAUAGCACCCACUGGAUCCAAGCAUUUGUCAGCAGGGUCCUCUUCCUCCUCCCUGCCGACAUCACCUCUGAAGUUGACCACACCUUCAGCUUCGACAAAUAAUGAGCCCAGACCUACCACAGCUUCCUCUGUCUCUCCCGUCUCUUCCUCUUCAUUGGAGUCCGUGUCUCAUCAGUCAAACUUGCCUCCUAAAGCUCCUGGUCCUAGUGCGGCUGUCACCUCAGCAGACACAGUGUCCACGUCUUUCUCAGCGUCUGCACCAAUCUCGUCUCUUCAGCAAAUGGUCCAAAGUUCCAGCCUGUCUUGCUUUCCCGAUAAAUCUGGAGCGCAGUAUGAUAAGCCAGGACCCCCAAAGUUGAUUACUGCCUCUUCAUCUGCAGGUGUGAAAUAUUCAUCAGCUGGUCUGGUUCCACCUCUCGUGUCAAUAUCAGGAGCUUCAGUUGUCAGUAAACCUUGUGAACCAGCUCACGCACCCCAUCACCAGGCACGCACUCCUCCAGCUUUUGACACUGGUCUUUCCACUGCCUCUGCAGCAGCACCGUCACCACCAGGAGAGGUGAAUUCACCUUCCCCAUCAGCCCAUGAAGGUCCUACAGUCAAACCUCUGUCUACCCUACCUCUUCUAACCACUCAAGCCUCCAGGACUGCACCUAUGUCCGCCCCUCCUGCCUUGGUGUCUUUGCCUCCUGCAAUGGGUACAUCCUCAGGAGUGGUCCAAAGUUAUGACUCUGAGCAGCAUCCACCUAACACCACUCCUCCUCCUCCUGCACUGAAGCACCAUGGUUGUAGUGGGGAUAGCAAAGUGUUCAGUAAUAAAAGAAAUGGAAAACCAGAGGAACACCUCCCUCAGCUUGAUUCAAGCACGAGGACGCCUCAGAAGGUGGAAGCGACUGAGAUUAAUAAAUCUGAAAAUUUCCCUCGUAAAUCCCACACUGAUCUUCCUGGGAAGUCUUUGCAGACCAAAGUUGCUUCUGAUCAAACAGCCAAGACUAAACCGAAGGACUUUGAAAAACACCACAUGCUGCAAAGCAGUGUCAGUGAAACAGGAUUGGAGGAUUCCAUGACGGAGCAAACUCCACCCAGAAAGUCACCACAGCAUCACAGCAUGAGGGUAGAACAUCUGACCGAAGACAGUUUUGAUAACUCUUCACAUGCUGAUCCUCAAUUUGAUAACAAUUCAACAUGUGACACCCCUUCAAGACUCGAUGUCAGCUCUGUCUUUGAAAAGUCGUCUCUUUUAGAUGAUGACAGCUUGUGCACAGACGACUCUACUAACUAUGGCAACAGCUCGUACCUGAGAAAUGACACUUCUCAGUUUGACAGCACCGCCCAUGCAGAAGGGGAACCAUCUACUGCUUAUGACAGCACUAGAGACAGCAGCUUCUCCAUGGAAGACUCCAGAGAUGACACGUUGGACUCCACUAGAGACGAGGAAACCUCUGAGGCGGAAGAGACCAAGAACACUUCCCAAAUCCCCGGGGAAUCCAUGCUGGAGUCUUCCCUAAACAGCUCCGCUCAGAUGGACGAGCCCUCUGUCGACUCAAGUGACGGGUCCAAGCCACGCUUACUUGUGCCGUCUCAGAGUGGCCGUCAAGGACCUGAAGCUGAGUGGGAGCCCAGAGGACUUCAAACACCCGACUUAGCUGGACGGAUAAGCAAGAAGACCACUGUCAACGAGUCAGUGACUCUGCCAAAUUUCAACAUGAGAGAUGAGAACUUCAUCGCCUUCAGUACGCCAGUAGAGAGCCCUGCUGUGCACCCACUUCAACCAGUAACUGAUCAGAUGAUGUCAGCUGCCGGAGGAAAUCUGACAACCCCAGGAAAAACACGCAAACCUCGAACUCCAAAGGCAAUAUGGAUUAAAACCCCAGUUCCUGAGGGGGCCCAGCGAAAACCUCGGGCUCGAACUCCUAAGGUGGAGAAACUCAAGAUCGUCGCAGAAGUCGGGGUAGCCACAAGCAGGAAGAGGAAGAAGUCCGUCAAAGUGGAUGUAAAAGAAACAUCAGAUGUAUCUGGAGAGGCUGGGCCUCCCGCAGAGCUUGAUACAGUCACAGCCACCAUUGAAGCUGUUCUGGCCAAUGCUUUAGCCUUUAACCCAACAGGCGAGAAACUCAAGAAGGCGAAAAGAGUCAAGAAACAAGACGAAGAGGGAAACGUGGCAAAAACACCCAAACACGAGGCCGGAACUGCUGCUGAUGAAAAUGAUGACGACAGCUCAACUGCAGGAGAAUCAAACCGAAGGAGGGUUGCAACAGAGGAGCAGGUCCAGUUCCCAUUGUCGCAUGGGUGGAAGAGGGAGAUUCGAGUGAAGAAAAUGGAGAAUCGCAUGAAGGGGGAAACCUGGUACUACACACCUUGUGGAAGAAGGAUGAAGCAAUUCCCUGAAAUAAUCAAGUACUUGAAGAGACGCACGGACAGCGACGUCUCCAGAGAACACUUCAGCUUUAGCCCACGCAUGCCUGUCGGAGACUUCUAUGAAGAGAGAGAAACUCCUGAGGGUGUGAAGUGGGUCCUCUUGGCGAAUGAGGAGGUUCCCUCUAUGAUCAUGGCCAUCACCGGCCGGAGAGGUCGACCUCCAAACCCAGAUAAAGAGAAACCUCGCAGAGUUCGUGGCCUGAAGGGAGCACAGGCCCGCCGCCCCGGUAGACCUCCCAAACCCAAGAUGAUCGACCUCCUUAGCAAAGUUGACGCCAAGCUGUUGAGCCGACUUGAGGCUAAGGAAGCUCUUACGGAGGAGGACAAGGAGAAACUUGCAAAAAUCAAAAAGAAAAUGAAGAAAAAGGUUUGUAGUCCAAACUUUAAAUUUCAUCUGUUCUGCGGUUACUAUCUCAUACUGACUUUUCUGCUGCUGUUCAUGUUUUAGGCAAGAAUGAAGAGAAGGCAGGAUACUAAGAUUAAGAAGAUGAAAGAUGAAAAAAAGAAAGCCAAGCUGGAGCAAAAGGCAAAGGUCCUGGAGCUGAAGGCUGAAUCAACCGACCCGACGGCCCCACAGGUCCCACCGCCCUCAGAGUCUGCACCAGAGCCCAAGAAGCCCGGCCGCAGAAGAUCAGCCAAGGUUGUGGCUCCUCCACCAGUACGGCAGACGGACGAGGAGAGAAUAGCCCAGGGUAAGAGGGUGCUGGGUGCUCGGAGUAAAGCAAAGGCUCUGGCUAAAGCUCAGGCUGAGGCGGAGGCUGCUGCUCAAGCUGCUCUGUCAGCUAAGAGGGCGGCAGAGAGGAGAGUGCAGGCCCAGAGACGUCUGGAGGAACGAAAGAGGCAGCAGUUGAUUGCAGAAGAGCUGAAGAAGCCCACAGAGGACAUGUGUCUAACUGACCACAAACCCCUGCCAGAGCUGUCCCAUAUUCCUGGUGUGGUUCUCUCCGGCACAGCCUUUGCACACUGCCUGGCUAUGGUUGAGUUCCUCCAUGGCUACGGAAAAGUGAUCGGCCUCAAUAUACCCAAGGACAUCCCCAGCCUUGCUACCCUACAGGAAGGUCUCCUGGGCCUGGGCGAAAGCCAAGGAGAAGUCCAAGACCUACUGAUAAAGCUGAUGGAGUCUGCACUCCAUGACCCAGGCCUGCCGUCAUUUUAUCAGUCUGUAAAGAUCCUUGGGGACAAGCUGGUUGAGUUGGAGCUGACCCGCAGCACGGUUUCAGAAGUUCUUCGCAUCUUUUUGGAAUCUCACGGUUAUGACCCGGACGUGUGCGACACGCUGAGGACCAAAACAUUUCACGCCCUCCCCCCUGACACCAAGGCAGCCAUCCUGGGCUUCGUGGUGGAAGAGCUUAACGGCAGUAACAUUGUGACAAGUGACAUUGACAACACUUUGGAAAACAUGGCAACCUACAGGAAGAACAAGUGGAUCAUUGAGGGGAAAUUACGCAAACUGAAGGCGGCACUCGCGCGUCGUACAGGACGCUCGGAGGAAGAGCUGUGUUUUGAGGAGAGGCGCCGCAGUGCCAGGGUGGCAGAGGAAGAGAACCUCUCUCUGGAGGAGAGCGGUGUACUAGAGAGGAGCAACCGCCGCUCACGCAAAGAAGAGCCAAAACUCAGCGAUAGUGAGAGUCCUACCACUGCCAGCAUUCCAGAGCUUGAGAGGCAGAUAGAUAAGCUAACCAAGCGCCAAGCAUUUUUCCGUAAAAAGCUGCAACAAACAUCUCAUUCCAUGCGGGCCAUUUUACUGGGUCAGGACCGGUACAGGCGCAGAUACUUGGCUUUGCCUCACCUCGGAGGAGUUCUAGUCGAGGGGCCAGAGGAGCUCUUGACUUCAGGAGAGGUCCUUGUAGCUGAGGUGCCUGUCACCUUCAUCAAAAAGGAGCCCAAAGUUGAAGAGACCCCCAUUCCUACCACAUCUCCUGCUUCUCUACCUUCCUCUCCUUCCUCUGCUACCCCCGCCCCGAACCAGACCUUGUCUCCAGAGGAGGACCCCCUUCCUGGCACUGCAUCCCUAAUGAGCAGGCCAAGAGGACGUGGGCGCCCCCGAAAAAUCAAACCCGAAGUUGAGCUUCACCUCCGCACAGCGAAGAUCCGCCGCCGGCGUCGAAGUAGCAUCAGGUCUGGCAGCGAGGAAGGGCCAGGAUCACCGAACAGUGGCACACAAGACCUCACAAAAGCUGCUUUCCAGAACUGGCUCAGCCAAUCACAGGAUGCGAUAGCCAACGGCACAUGCGCAGCAGCAGGGGAAGCUGCAGAGGGGAAUCAACCAGAGGAGAGUGUGAAGGAGAUGGCAGAGAAACAGGGACAGUGGUUCAAUCUGCUUCCCAAACAGCCGUGUGACAAUCUCUCUCUCACUGAGCCCCAGCUGCCCACCUCACCUACGUCACCUCCUAAACUCCUCCCUCAGAUUCCGAGUACUUUGCCUGCACUCGCUGCUCCACUCAUGCAGCUGGACCCACUCAUGCCUGGCUUGGCUCCUGCUGACCCUGUGACCUCAGCAACACCACAGGAAAUUCCCCCUACAACCCUUACUUCUGCACUUCCUGUCACUGCCCUACCACCACUCCCUCAGCUCCUUCCAGCUCCCAUUCCUCCUCCUGCUGCUCCUGCUGCUCCUACCACCCCUGCCAAGCCAGGUCGCAGGCGGAGGAGAGGAAGCAGAGGCAGCAGUCCUGCCCGCAGAGGGGCAAGAGCAGCUGCAGCCAAACGCCGCGGCCGCCCUCCCAACUCUGUGUUCCAGGAGCUGGAGCAACAGUACUUCACACAGCUUGUGGUCAAGCCCAUUCCAGCAUCAAUGGUGCGUGGCUGGUGGUGGAUCAAGGAGCCAGAGGAGCUGUUUAACACCUUACAGGCCCUCCACCCAAGAGGCAUCAGGGAAAAGGUCCUCCAUAAACAUUUGGCCAAACAUCUAGAGAGCUUAACCGAGAUGUGCACCAAAUCUUUUACCGAUCCAAUAUUUGAGUUGAAGGUUGAGGACAAACAUGUGCUCGCGGAGGCUCUGCAGCACCCAAGGCAAGUGCAGGAGAAGGCUAUGGAGACUGACGUCAUCGCCCUGCAGUGGGUGGAGGACCUGGAGCAGCGAGUCAUUGCUGCUGACCUCCAUCUGAAGGUACCUCCUCAGAGCGCAGUGACCGAUGCUGAACCUAACACAGAGACACCCAUAAUAGAAUUCCAGCCCUACACAAUCCCAGAUCCAGACUCCACACGGGAGGAUCUCCAGUACUACGAACAUGACGCGGACCCACGUGAUGACUGGAUUGUACGAACCAAGAAGGAGUGGUCGGGCCUGCCUCGCAUGGCCACACACCCUCUGGACCUGGCCAUGCUGCGACUGUCCAACCUUGAGCGAAACAUCGAGAGACGCUACCUGAAGGAGCCACUGUGGAACCCCUCUGAAGUGAUGCGCCUCGCUCCUCUCACGCCCACACCAGGGGAAGAGCAUCCCAUGGAUGUCAUUAGUCUGGAAAGUGAAAUCACCUCUCGACUACGAACAUGGCGGCAGGCUCUGGAUCGCGUUCGCAGUGCUCCACAGAUCUGUCUGUGUUUGCUCCAGCUGGAGAAGGCCAUUGCUUGGGAGAGAUCUGUGACUAAAGUGAAUUGCCAGGUUUGCAGGAAGGGAGACAAUGAUGAGUGCCUGUUGCUGUGCGAUGGCUGUGAUCGUGGCUGCCACAUGUACUGCCUGAAGCCCAAAAUCACUCAGGUGCCAGAGGGAGACUGGUUUUGUCCUACCUGUGUUGCCAGGGAGGAAGGUGAAUCACAGCGCCUGACGAAAACCAGGUUCAGGGUGAAAAAGAGAAGAUACGAAGACGAAAGCUCUGAAGACGAAACCACAACACGACGUAGUUCUGGCAUGGCAACCCGGAACAAGGAGACCGUGGCACCGACCUCGUCCUCGCGUUUCUCUGGAGAAGGAGGCGGCACUAAACGCCGCCGCAUGACGACCCGCAACCAGCCUGACCUCACCUUCUGCGAGAUCAUUCUGAUGGAGAUGGAGGCUCAUGCAGAAGCUUGGCCGUUCGUUGAACCCGUAAACCCCCGACUGGUGCCAGGCUACCGUCGCAUCGUCAAGAUCCCGAUGGACUUCCUCACCAUGAGAGAGAGACUGCUACAGGGAGGGUACUGCAGCUGUGAGGAGUUUGCUGCAGACGCUCACUUGAUCUUCAACAACUGUGAGCUUUUCAACGAGGACACGUCGGAGGUGGGAAUCGCCGGACACUCCAUGAGGCGCUUUUUUGAGAGCCGCUGGGCGGAGUUCUACUCAAAUAAGGACAAAUAGGAGCCUGCGACGUUCUUCCUGAUGGUGGGGCUGUAGACUGUUGGUGCUCUCACUGUCCCAGUCACACUCUCUGUGUUACUGCUGAGACUCUCUGGAGGUUCUUCCAGCCGUGUGUAUUCUCUCAUGUAUAAGUAUAUAUGUAUAGAUUUUGGCUAUUGUCUGUUAUUGUUUCCUCUACAGGCCGACUCUUUUCCAGGCCCACAGCUGAACUGGCUUGAACUCGUAACCAUUCCCCAUCAAAGAGAGUGAGAAACACGUCUCUCUUCACUUUUCCUUCCUCCUUAACAUUUCUCCUCAUCGUCACCACAGCACCUCAUCCUCGUUCUCCUGUCACGUCCCUUCACAAAACCCUGUGUCGUAGCGAGGCCAAGUCGAGCCCUGCUGCGGGUGAUGACACGGUCUCAGGCCCUGAGUAUUUUGGCUCUCGACUCGUACUGAAGGUCAGGGACUGAUCACAUUAUUGUAGCUGAACCGCUGCACACUGGACCUGCUUAGCAUCGCUCAACGACAAAAUGGAUCAAAACUCUUCACAGAGCUUGCACCAUUUCUUACCUGUUCAAUGGAAAUUUAAUGUAACGUGGUCUUAUGCCUAGAAGUAAUUUUUUGCUCAAUAUAUUUUUAUUAUAUAUUCUAUAUAUAAAUAUAUAUAAAGAUUACAAUAGCUGGGAUUAUUUAAUAGCAAUAGCUUGUAGUGAACGUGUACAGAUUACCUUAUAGAGAUGUCUAGACGAUUUAUGAAAAAGGCCAGUUAAACUAAAAGGAAUCUGUUCUUGGACUGUCACAAGUAGACGUUGUAUAACCUCCACUUAAAGUCUUGCACGCACACAUUCACACACAUGCGCACACACCACACACAUGAUUUCACACACACAUUACCCACCUUCUGCUGCUGUGUGAAAGACACUGGUUUCUGAAACAGGAGGAUUUUUAAUGUUAGUUGGUCAGUGGGGGGGCUGAGACGUAUGUCACUGUCCCUUGUGUUAAGAGUAAAUAAUCAGGGUGUUUCACCAGAUCUGUGUCACAACUCGGAGGAGGCUACUGACGUCUCAGCACCUGUUGAAUAGUCUGAUUAGGGAACACGGCUCACACUGAAAUGUUCCCCUUACUUAAUGUAGAAUUCCCUCAAUUCCCUCAAAACUACAACUGAGCGACCAGGUGAAAACAUCUGAAGGUGGUUUUACGUGAGGUUAAAAUCCUCAUUUUUAAAGACUAGAAUUUCAAAUGAGCUCUGAUAAUGAAGCAUUGGGCAACUGCCCUGUUUUCUGACUUGCAUUCCUUUUCAUGGUUUUGUUAUGGUUUUGUUUUUUGCUGUACAAGGGCCAAUGUAUCAUGUUGCGCGGCAUGGGUGGUGUUCUAUGAAGGCGACAGGAUGACUCCACAGUCCAGGUUUUAUUUAAACUUGUUUCUUACACUGAACUCAAAUCCGUUGAUAGGAAAUAAACUUUGCUGUUCCUUAUUUCACUUAAAGGGACGAGACGUUUUUUUCAAAAAAGAAAAAAAAAAAGACAUGACAACCAAACGUGGUGUUAAGUGAAUUUUUAAUAAUGUACAGUUUUGGUGACUUUAAAUUUGUUCCUUUAUAUUUUUAGGACCAAUUCAUCAUUUUUAAGAGGAGGUAUUACAAGACUCUGUUGUAUUAAGGUGAUGUAACACGUGUGCAUCUGUAGAAUGUACUGUGAGUUGAAUAAAAACCACACCUAGUAGAGA